AUGGCGGCUUCAACUUCUGCCCAAAUUUUGCCUUAUUUGGAUAACAAGUGUUAUUUACAUAUUGUUGAUGAUGCAAAGUGCGAUAUUAAACCGCUAACAAGUAAGAGGUUAGAGACAUUAGUAAAACGAAUUGAAGAUUGGAAAGGUUUAUACGGAAAACAACUUGACAUUGCUCUCAUUUUGGAAAGAAAAGGAUUGACCGAUUUCGUUGAUAUAAAUAGUGGCCUGAUUCGGUUGGAAGAUGAUUUUUGUCAAAAAUUUACUAAUAUUUCUAUUAUAAACAAGGUAAGUUUGUCAAUUUAAUUUUACAGCAUAUUGUAAUUUGUAAUAUUAUACUUAUUUUUGGAAUGGGAGUAUUAUUUGCAUUAGUUAUAUUAAAUUUGUUUAAAUGUAUUUCUUAUAAAGUAUUAAAAAGCUAUGCUAAAAUGUUAUGCAAUACCGUAAUAGCCUUUUUUUUGUAGUAGUAUUUUGUAGUUAUAUAUAUGUGCCAUUGUGUUAGAUAGUAGAUUAUUUAUUUCUAUAUGCAGGCAAGGAGAACUUUAGAGAGAAAAGGGAAAAUGGAAGAAGAACCAGCUGUACCACCAUCAAAACCCAAAAUGCCAUUUCUCCGAAGCAAGGUCCCAAAGAUGUCCCAACAACCACAUACAAUUCUACCCAAGUUGUGUAUUAUUUGCAAAAAGCUAACUAAAAGGACUAAGAUUAAGGGAAAGUGGGUGCAUGAAUCAUUGUCUAAAGCAGAAACAUCAGAUGCACGUAAGAUUGAGAUAAAAAGCCCAAAGUAGAAGGGAUGUUCAGUAUGUGUGUAUUCUUAUCACGUUGGUUAUUUUCUGCUUAAAAUAUGAUUUAUAGUCAACUUAUCAAGUGUAGUCUAUCAAAGGCACACAAAUGCACACAUUUUCCCACUUUUUAGGCACACAUUUUCAAAGGCACACAUUUCCCCACUUUUUAGGCACACAUUUUCAAAGGCACACAUUUUCAAAGGCACACAUUUUCCACUUUUUAGGCUAGCUUCGUAGUGCUGCUGAAAGGAUAGAUGACGAAACUAUCUUGAAGGACAUUAGAGGAAAAGACUGUUCAUGUAUUGAGGUCCAGUACCAUAAGAGCUGCUACAAUGAUUAUGUCCGUGUUUUAAAAGGAAAUGACUCUGUUGGUGAAAAGUAAGUUUUGAUUUUUAUAGUUAAUUUUUAUAGAUAAUGUUUCAGAUGUCUUUGUUGUUGUUUACCUUCACUUGAAAAUUAACAAUACAAAUAGGAAAUAAAGUACAUUUCUUAUUUAGGGACGGACCAUUAGAAAAGUGAUGGGGGGGGGGGGCAAAAACCCCCCAAAAAAAUUAUUCCCAGAAACAAAUUAGAAAAAAAAAAUCUUCCCAGCCAUAGUGCAAAAAAAGAUCCUUCCUUGGAAGAUAGGCCUAUAAAUUUUAAUUAAAAAAUAUAUAUUUCCAGCCAUCAAGUGAGAAAAAAAAAAUUUCUUCUAUAGGUGUACAAAAAAAAAAAUAUUGCCCCUUAGAAAAUCCCCCCUCCCCCCCAUCACUUAUCACUUUUCUAAUGGUCCAUCCCUUAUGGUUACAUGUUACGUUUUAGGAAAACAAACUUCUUUUCUGAGCACAAAGCAGGUUAUGAUGCUUUCUGUAAAAUAGUGAUCAAAGAAAGGUUAGAAGUGAAUUGUGAGAUUCUGCGCUUGACGAAAUUGCAGCAACUACUUCUCAAACAUAUACAGCUUGAAGAACGUGUGCACCUAGAAAACAUACGGUAUGGGCUUAUAUAUCAUUAUAUGCAUUAAUUUAUUAUUUUAGAGAUAUUUUUUUUGCAAAAAUGUCACAUCUCUUGAUUGUCUUAGUUGGAUAAUUACCCAUUUUUUCUCUUUAAGAUCUGAUAUGUUGAGAGUGAGAUUACAAAGGGAUUUUGAGCAACUUGUGUUUCACAUUCCAUCAAGAAGGUUUGUAAAUCACUCAGUGUUUUUCGUUUAUAAGUGUGAAAACAUUAUGAUCAAUGCUAUACACUCAAAUAGAACUAAAAUUAUAUAUGUUUUUGACAAUUAACAUGCCUGUACUGAUAAUACCGUAUUUUAGGAAUGAAUCCACAAUUGUAUAUUGUCAAAAUGUAACAGCUGGUGACAUAGCACAGCAGUACUUGCCUACAAGUCAAGUUUCUAGUGUUGAAGAUGAAAGUGAUGAAAAUGACUCUUCAGAAGUUUUAGAAAAUGAGAUUAGAAGUAGUAGAAUUGACAGGCAUCAAACAAGUCAGGAAGGCAGUUCUGAAAAUACAUUUAAAGAAUUGUUUAUGUCAGGUUAGAAUUUUUAGAUUUUUUAGUGGUGUAUUAUUCUAAGGAGUACAAAUAUACAGCGAUAUUUGGACAGUUUGUUAUUUGGUUUAGUUUGUUACAAGCUUAUUUGGUUAGCCCAUCAAAUUUGUUGCAUAAAUUCGUUGUUUGUAUUUGACUCGACAAACGAAAUGUAUAAAUGGGUACAAAAUUAAUGUAUAAAUUACGAAAUUAUUCAAAUUUAUUUGUCCUUCCCUCAAACGUAUAAUCCUAUACAAUACUCAUUACAACUUUACAACAGAGGGACAUUUUUCCAUUUUAAAGGUGUUUAUUUGAAGAACAAAAUAAACAAUGUCCAGCCAGAGCAGAGCAAAUGGCCCCCUAGAAGUAAAGACCUAAUUAAGACUAAUAUGGUACCAGUUGAACUAUUCAACCAUAUUGCGCAUAUUACUGGAGCUGUAUCCGACGACGAGUACACCAAUGUAACUAAUGAUAGAUGUGUUGAUAUUGCUGAAAAGUUUGUCCCAAAGGUAAAUGCAAUUUGCCAAGACAUCGUUUAUGUUUCCUCGAAAGGCAGAAAGCAGACCCCCCAAAGUCGCUUGCUCUUGGUCUUACUGUGAGACACAUGACGGGUUCAACUCAUCUGCUUCAAAUAUUAGCAAAGUUUGGCCAUUGUGCAUCCUCUGACACAAUUCUUUCGUACGAGACUGCCUUGGCAAAGUAUAGAGUCUCACAAGCUGGUAAAGUACCAGAAGGCUUUAAGGUAGGUAGCAUUCCAACUGUUGUGUGGGACAACAUUGAUUUCAAUGAAGAAACGUCUUCUGGCAAAGGUACCUCCCAUCAUACAAAUGGUAUAUUGAUCCAGACAUGUGAAGAUGAAGCAACUGAUCAACCACAAGAAGUUAAUGUUCCAAUCAUUAAGAAAGGGGUUAGAGUUUUCACUCAAGCAGAGGAAUAUUUGGUUCCCUAUAAUAGGGUAGAAAGAGUUGGUCCUAGAACGAAUGUGCCAAACAUUCCCGCUCAUUGGAAAGACCUUCUAUCCAAAGCAAAGGUCAGGGAUUUCAUGUUUAUAAUGGCUCGUAUGUAUGGUGGAGAUGAUGUUCCUGGUUGGACUGGAUAUAACAUAAAGAAAUACGACUAUGCCAUAUUGCAAACCAAGAUUCACUACUUACCCGUUAUCGAGGCAUCUCCAACCGACCUCAACACUGUGAACACUAUAAUAUACAAAUCCAUCGACAUGAAGUCAGUUUUCCAAGUUCCGUAUAUCAUAUGCGUCUUUGAUCUAGCAAUUUAUGCCAAAGUCCAAGAAAUCCGCUGGGCAGAUCAGCAUCUCCAAGAAAAGUUAGUUGUUCGUCUUGGCGAGUUUCACGCCUGCAUGAGUUUCAUGUCAGUUAUUGGCAAGAGAUAUGGGGACGCUGGUUUAAGUGAUAUCCUCAUCGAAGCAGGUGUUGUGGCAGAAGGUUCUCUCAAUGGUGUAAUCUCUGGUCAUCAUUAA